CGAUCCUAACUUUUCUUUCUUAAAGACAAGCGUAGUGUGCCAUCUUCCAGAUGUAAUUCGUUGGUUGCACUGCUUGGCUUUAUGCAGAACCACUGUAUUCUUGGUCUACAGUCAAAUAAAAACUGCUUAGGAAAACUUAACACAAUAACAGAUUGUCUCAUGAAUAAACAGCAACUGUUCCAAUGUAGUAGCAUCGCGUAAACACAGUCUUGGCAAAUUAAGUAAAAUAGAUUGUCUCACAUGCGGUUCUGGGAACAGGAAGAGAAUCCAAUCUUGUGGCUAUAACAAAGACACAGAUGUAGCAGCUAAACGACCAGCUUCAAAACGCAGCUAUUGAAAGUAAACUAAAAUCCGAACUCUGAGGGCUUCUCACCACCCGUUCAGGUUUGUUCUGUUGUUGCCACUUUGGAAAAGGAAACGCAACGCUUGAUAAGCUGUUAAUUUUAUUGGCUUGGAACAGACUGCUCUUCACCUCUGUCUUGAGCUGUAGCAACAAGAAAAUAGAACAGAAAACUAGGAUAGAAUACAGCUCUUACUGCCAUAGUCUCAUCACAGUGUGUAAUAUCAAGCUUGAACAGGUUAGCUAGGUAAAUAUCUUAAGUUCUUAUUGUUUGACUGUUGUGUGUCAGAGGUCAGCAUAGAGCCGUACAGCACAGGGCCUUUUGGCCCAUUUAUGAUACUCCAGUUGAAGAACAGCAGGAUGACCCAGAACUGGAAUAACAGGUGGGACAGUGGGGAAAACCCAGUGAUUUCUGCAGGAGUUUUGUUCUGGCAUGUCAGCAUCCUAGUUCAAAUCCACAUCUGUCCUGGACCAGACAUGUUCUCUUCAGUCGGAGAUAAGCCUUCAGCAGCAGGAAAGCGGUUUUCUCGGCGCACAUCUUCUGUUGGAGCCAGAGGAUCUCCGGAAACCAAUAGUCUUAUCUGCUACAUAGCCAAACGGAGAAUGCAGUCGCAGGGAUCCCAGAAAAUUGCCCUGCUGAAGAGCAAGAUGAUUGGAUUCAUGGAUGUGCUUCAAAUUUCAGAUCAUGUUGAGAGGAAAAUGUCUACCCCAGAGCUCCUGCAUCCCCCUCUACAGCAAGAUGUUACAAGUUCUCCGGCACAGCGUGAUAGCCUCUGUUUGAGUGAAAGUAAAGCAUCACUGAAGAAAAAGGUGACUUUUGGAGAAGAGCUGAGUCCGGAAGUGUUUGAUAAAAGGCUACCAUCUAACACUCCUUUGCGUAAAGGAGAAACGCCAGUGUGUCGGAAGGGCUUAUUAAGUGAAGGUCCUACAUCAGCUCUAAAGCAAGUGUCUGUGGUCCAAAUCAAUUUGGGAGAUGAAACGAACCCAUUCAGUAACAUGGCUUGCAGUGGCAAUGCUUCUGUCAAUGAGAAAUGCAACAACAUAUCACUAAAAUUAGUGACAAAGUUAACAGAUAACAUGGAAAAUGCUGAAACUCAUCUUGGUAAUGAACAGAGAGAUUGUUCUGGACCCAUUAAUGUUGAACUUCAGUCUUCAGUAUCAGAAUGCAAGCUUGAUUCAAAACUUGAGAAGAAAUCCCGUAAAAAUUAUGAGUACCCCUGUGAUGUCUUGGAAAUGCAUGUUGAAGAAAUUGAACAAGUCAUGCAGGAUCAUCCACCUAGGCACUCUAGAAAGGAGAAUCAAGUUGGGGAUAACAAUGUGGUUUGUCGAGAUGUGCCGGGCGCAAAGCAAACCGAUUCUGUAAAUGAAUCCAAAUUGUCAAGACGAAUUGAGCCCAAGUAUUUUGGAUCAAUUAGUGACUUGGGAUCUUCUGAAGGUAAAGCAGCAUCCACUAUUGAGCCUAAUGUGCAACAAGUGACUUGCAUGUGUGAUGAAAAGUUGAAAAAUGGUGACAUUCAGUUCAGUGAUUUGUCCAUAAACGGAUCUAUCAAUGACCAGGAGCAAAACAGGUCGUGUGCUGAAGAUGCAUGCCUUGAGAUUCAGAAUGUCACUGAUGAUGCAAUGUGUCUUACUAUGUCUUCAGUGCCAUCUCUCAGCCGAAGUGUGGAAGUAAGCCCAAAAUCUAAUCUAGAGGUUAAAAUUGAAAACCUGACACAAACGCCCAAAAAUGAGGAACCCCGCAGAUCGAGUCGGAUCAAGAACAAGGUUAACACCGCUUCAGAGAAUUCCACUGUGGUAACAAAAGGCAAAUAUAGAAAGAAGGUGCAAAAGGAACUUUAUGGAAAACGUGAAUAUGCUUCCAAGAAACCAUUAUUGAGUCCGAUCACUGAGGUCUUUGAUAUGCUGUCUGAGCCAGCAGAUUUUCCUGAUUGUGAUGGAAAGGCAGAAUGUAAACCUUCAGCGAUGAGUGUUCAUCUUCCUCUUGAGGCAGGUAGUCUUAUUGGAGAACAAAGGCAACACAGCACCUCUGACUCUGAAUGGUCAGCUGAUGGACACACUGCUUUGCGUGCAGCUUCCAGACAUGUAAGGGAAAAAAUACGAAGACCAACAAGGUCGCAUAAGAGGAGUUUCCAUGACUUGGAGGGGGAGUCAAGUGGAUGGAAAUCUAGUGAAACUGACAGUGAGCAAAGAACCAUCUUGGCUGACAAUGUUAGUGUUCAUCGGUGUGAGCCGGAGAAACUGAAGAAUAAUUUAAGCUGUGGUCUCUCGAGUCGUGCUGAUGAAUCAUCCACAUUUUUGCAUGCAAAGUUUCAUAAGUUGGAAGCUUUGGAUAGUUUGGGUGCUCAAAAUCUUGAGGAUGAUGAAAAUAAGCCUAUUUGCAUGAGAGAGACAUAUUCAAACAGUAUUAUGAGGAAGCAUCUUGUACAAGAGUUCACAAUGGUGAAAAAUAAUGAGAAAGGAAUUGAUAGAGUGCAGAUCCUACUUGAGAGACAAUGCCCAAGUGAAACCAAACUUGAACAAUGUAUCAAGGAAGCAGUUCAGACUGCUGAUUACAAAUGCAGAUGUUGCCUGGAAUCUGAAUCAAAUGUUGUUCAAGAUCGUGAUCAGCAACUGAAAGCACAGCCAGCAAAAAUGGAAGAAUUGACUGUUGCUUAUAAUUUCACUAGAAGCAAAGAAUCCCGAAAAACAGCAACUGAGCCAUCCAAUGCAAUUCAUGAGCAAAAGGUGAGUCAUUUACCCUGCGCAACUCAGAUAUUUCAAAGCAGAACAUGUCGCAGAAAGAGCAAAUUAUUCAGAGCAGCAGAGCUGGCAUGCGAAAAGCAGGUAGAUGAGCCAAUUGUUGUCCAUUCUGGAGGACAAGAAACAUUUACAAAUGAUAACAAAGCUGAGAAUGUUUCACAAGCUGAAAGCCUUGUAAACAGCAUGAUUGGCCAAGGAAUUGUUCCCAAGUGUAAAAAUAACAUUGAGUUUGAUGAGAUCCAAGUAAAAACCAACGUUGGAACACUGUUUGAUAAUUCAGGCCACUUUUGUUCAUCAGAACAGAUGAAUAUGAAUACCUUAGAAACUGCUGACCAGUUGGAAAUGGGAAUCAAAUGUUUAGGUACUUCAAGAGAAAACUCAAUCCUCGAAAAGAAGAAGGUGAGGCGGAGUGCCCGUCUGUCUGGUGUGGUAAAUGUGGCAGGAUUGAGCUGGGUUGAGUUAUCCAGCACUGAACCAGUAGAGGAAAAGAUGAUGAUGAGUAAGCUUCCCAGAAGAUCUUCCCGGCUCUCCAAACCAUGGACAAAAAUUUAUUAUGCAGAAGAGGCUGGAAGUAAAACUGAAUCCCAAGCAAGAAUUAGAAUGCUCCGGCGACGGUCACUUUCGUGUCUCAGAAAUACUGCUCUUGAUGAUUUGGAGGAAUCUCCAAGACAAAGCGUGGUUGAACUAAGUUGACCUUCAAAAAUACUCAGGAAUUGAAGAAACGAGAGGUUCUCUAACAGACUUGCCUGACAGUUGAAUGAAGAUGAUUUACAGUGCGACAAGUGCAAAGAAGUGAAAACCCAAGUUUCCUUUUAUUUAGAUGAUGUUGGCAUUCCUUGCAUAUCUCUGCCACUGUACCAGUGUGAAAGAUGGAGCAGGUACUGAAUCUGUUCAAUAGCAGAUCCACAGUUAUAUCAUUGAAUUCGAGAGAUUUCGGUUCUGCUGUACACCAUGCAAACUGUUAUGUGACGCAUUUUCUAUUGAAGCAUCUGGAAAAAAUUUUGGAGAUAGUUUGUGAAAUAAUUUUGACUCUUGCUUUGUCAUUUAAAAAGCAUUGUUCAGCUCAUUCAUAUGAAAUAAAGAGUCACACAUGGUGAAUUUUCCUCCAGUCUAUAUUCUGUUGCACGUCAGCAUUCAAGUGGUGCUGAUGUUUUCUGCUUCAGAUGUGACCAGGUAUGUUUCUUGCAUUCAUCACCUUCUGACUAUUCAGUGUUGUGUGAUGUCAUCACUUGAUUGACUGAACUUGUUUAAGAUACUUGAGUUUUUGUUCCCUCAAAGUGUGAUAAUUGCAGUUCUAAAUUUAGUGAUUUCAUUGUGUUCAUGAAAGAUGUGUGCCAUGUGGACAAAAUUAGAGAACCGAUGAAAUGUGAGUGAUACUUAGGUUGCGUGUACUGUAAUGUUAAUCAACUAAUACUUUGUUCACUCCCAUUUCCCUCAACUAACAUCAGAAAAUGGCCCCAGUGAGUGCUUGGCUUUUGGUGAAAGGCUUGUAUUUCAUGUGUGUUAAUGCAGUCCAAAUGCUUCAUUUUAUACACAGGAACCAAAAGCAGAAGUUGCUUUUGGAAAUUCUCAGCAGGUCUGUCAGCAUCUAUGACGAAAUUAAAUCAGAGUUGACAUUUCGGGUCCAGUGCCCCUUCCUCAGAACAUCACUUAAUAUGAUGUUGCACAGCAAAUUUGAGUAUGACCAUAGGACCAAUUGGUUUUUGACUAGUUUCCUCCAACUGUUCUUCAAAUAAAUAAUGAGAAUAACAUUUUUGUUCCUUCAUCCUUCAUUUACAGCCUCGUAAAUGCAGCUAUGAUCUUGGUGUUCUAUUUGACAUGAAUGAUGUAGUCUAAUGAGUAUCAUGGAAGACGUUGUCCAAAAUUUCUGACUAAGUUUAUUUAUAAGUGCUCAUGACUCCGUGUUCUGGUCUGGGCUGCACCUUUUGAAUGCUUUUCCCAUGAAACAGUUGAAAAAACUUUUAAAAACGUGCACAAUCUGUAUUUUAAUCAGAAAUGGGGUCAGGCAAUAUGCAAUUAUCUAUCGACUCCGUUUGCUUGUUGACUGCUGCCACCAGAUGGCAACAUUAUACCAUUCAUGCAACGUCUGAAAAUUUUGAAAUCUUAUGAAAAAACUUUGCCUGGACAAUCAACGUGGGUGUCAUGCCACAGUGUGAAGGAUGUGACAGUUGUGAAUCUGUCUGGUUGUGAAAAGCAAGAUUAGUUUUGCUUUGACUCAGUGGGUGGGGACACUUUUUAAAGCGAACCUGGGCAAUCUCUAAAAUUGUUGAAUCUCCUCCUGGUACCCUGAAUUACGUAAUUACCGAUGUUCUGUUGCUAUUUACGGAACUUGGUGCAUUGCGAGGUGUGUAACUGGUGUUGUACUAGUUCAGGGAACAGUGUUGGUCACACACCCACAUUUGGAAGUUUAGAUCAAAUAGUGACAGCAAUUUAAUACUCAUUGAAAAGUUUAACUGUCUUAGUAGUGAUCACUGUCAUGGCAUUUUUGUGACAAAUUGCAUCAUACUGUUGACUAAUGAGUUUAGCACUCCAUAACUUGAAAGCUACUUUUGUAAUGUUAUGUAACAUUGAAAAUGUGUCGAUUCCAAGGCUAUCAUAAAGAAUACAGAAAAUGCUGCAUCUUGUUCACUUUGCUGUCAGCAGAGUGGACCAAUAUUUUAUUUUUAUCACCUAUUAUUUACAACUACUUUACAUAUCAAUCUCUUCUGUGUGACCCUUAGCACUGAGACACCCUAGCCAUCUGUUUCACUUGUUUGUCAUCUUUGACAGCAGUUUUAAAAAAAAAUUUUUUAGCCCCUUUGACUCCAGACAUGCCAGAUUUGAAAUUGUCUUCCUUUCUCAACAGCUGCUGCCAGACUUGCUGGAUAUUUCGUGUAUCGUGCAUUUAUUUCAAAUUUUCAAAAUAUCACUUUUAUUGAAGGCUACUUCAGACUCAUUCAUCGAUGGGUCCGUGGGUGCUUGCAACAAAAUCAUCCAAGAUGAACAGCCACAUGUUAAACCAGAAAAAUUGGGAAAGUACUGAGCAAGCUGGGCUCAGUGAUUCGUGGGAAACGAAAUAAGGGACACUAUUUGAUUCAGUGAUGUUCUGUCAAAACUGGGUUAACUUUGAAGAGCUUGAUGAGGACAGUUCUGUUACUCAGAGAUUAGUGAUGAGCAAGAGCUCUGUAUUGGUGGAAAGGUCAAGAAUACAAUGUAAAGCAAUUGUAAAAAGAACCCUAAGAGACAUGAGAAACCUUGGUGUUCAGAGUAGUUGUGGUCAAAAACGCAGUCCCUGAGAGUGGUGGAUGCUAUUCGAUGGAGGCUCUUCUGUGAUUAAUGAAGUCCAACAUUAAACCACAUAGAGAAACAAGGGCAGUCUUGGCAGAGGUAAAAAAUGAAGCCCAUGGUUCAGUGGAAGGAAGUAAUGGAAAGGUGAUAGUGCUAGUACAACACAGUGAUGAUUACUUGACCCAGGACCAAGAAAUAGAUCCGGAGGAUGUAAAAAUGGAAAUUGCAUUACCAGCGAUGACUUCAAGAAUAACUAGGAGCAGAUGCAAGUGGCAGACAAUUAGUUAUCCGAGUCAGAAUGUAUCAUUUGCCAAAUCCAAAGAUAUUCCGAGGAGGGGUCAGUCCACCUGAACAAUUAAACUCUGAUUUCUCUCCAGAGUUGCUUCCAGACCUCCUGAGCUUUACCGGCAAUUUUUAUUUUUGACAACACAUAGCCGUUGCUGCAGAGAUGCAGCAGCACUUGCUCAAUCAAACCAGCUUAAGCCAGUAGAUCAUUUCCAUAAUUAUAACAGAAACUAACCAAACUAAAACAGUUGACUUGCCCCCUCAGUCGAUGCUGCAUGGCCACAAACUAAACGUCAGGCUGAUCUGUAGCUGAGGGUUGUGAGCAGAAAAUUGUUCAAAUGCUUGAAGAUGGGCAUUGGAAUUUCCCUAAGAUGCUGAUUUACAGUGCAAAAUCACUUUGUGACUCAAAAUUACAGAAGUGUAUUUUUUUCGCAUGGAAGAAAAUGUAAUGAAUCUGCCCCAAAUGUGAAAUGCUUACUGAAGAGACAAUUGUUGGUGAUCUCUGCUGACUGGAAAACUUUGAUGCAAGGCUAUGUCAAGAUUGGAGAUGAGGGUAAGGGAGGUGAGUGUGUGGAGGGGGUGGGAGUCAGGAUUGGUAUGUGAGAGAUAUGGUGUAGUAAGUGUACAAAAGUUCCCUUCGUGAAGCUACUUUCAUUAAAAGAUUCAUUUCUUCAUGCUGCUGAUGUAUUGUGCCCAAGUGAGGGACGAUGAGAGGUCAGAUCACGUUUGGUAUUUUUAAUAUGUUGAAGAAAAUCUGGGCUGAAUGGCACUUUGAAAACCCUGGAUGGCUUUUGUGUGUCAAACUAAACAGGACAUUGGAAUUGCACGUGGCUCAGAAGGUUUCCUGUCUGUUAACCAGUGUGAAGCUAACUGUUAUUGUUUUUUAAACAAAAUGUUCUUGAUUCUUAGCCACACUUGUGCAGAUCUUCAGGGAGAGGGUGAAGUACUUUUUUAGUCAUGACACUUCAAUAUUGAGUGGCCUUUACAUGGACAGAUUUGUUUUCACUUUGGAUCGGGCCAUUGAGUCUAAAAAUUGUGAGGUCAUUGUGUAGCUGUGUAAAACUUUAGUUAGGCCGCAUUUGAAGUAUUGUGUGCAGUUCUGGUCUCCACAGUGUAGGAAGCAUGUGAAACUUUUGGAGAAGAUGCCAGAGAGGUUUACCAGGAUGUUGUUUAGAUUGGAGUGUAUUAGCUAUAUCAAGAGUUUGGACAGGUUGGAUUGCUAUUGCGAAUGUUUUGGAGGCUGAGGGAUAUCCUGAUAGAAAUAUACGAAAUUAUGACGGACAUGGAUAGUUCAAGUCUUUUCCCAGGGUGGCACUGUCAAAUACUAGAGAUUAUCACCUGCAUGAUGUGAGAGGCAGAAAGUUUUUAAAGGAGAUGAGAGAAAAUGUACUUUACACAUCGUAGCAGUUGCUUAGAAUGUGCUGCUGGGGAAGUGGCAGAACCAGUUAUAGUAAACAUGUUUAAGAGGUAUUUGGACAGACAAACAAACUGGCAUGGAAUAGACUGAUAUAGACCAUCUGCGGCUAGAUAUGUUACUUUGGAAUCACAGGAUGUUUGGCACAGAGGUGGUGGCCAAAGGUCAAUGCUGAAAUGCACAUUGAACAGAACGUGGUGUGGUCUGCUUUUCCAGUUGAAAGCUGUUGUUUUAAUGACUAUUACACUUGACAACUGUGUGCUUUUUUGUAACACAGAGCAAUUGAAAUACAUGACUUGGUGAUACGUACAAAAUGUUUCAUGGAUUCAAAGAUGUACACUUGCUCAACGAUAUAAUUGUACAUAGAUUUCUACGUUGCUAUCUCUGUCAGAAUGAAUACAAACAAUCAGCAUUAAAUAUGUAU